AUGUAUUGUCUGCAAUGGCUUAUACCCGUUCUACUCAUACCAAAACAUUGGUUACAUCCUUCGUUUGUUCUUGAGCAAGCUUUAUUUAUGUGGUUUUAUAUAAUUGGGUUUUUCUUAGAAAGAAGGCCUUGCCAUAUCUGUUCGCUUGUUUUCUUCAUAGCCCUGGGCUUAAUAUGUUAUUCCGACCCUGACAGAUGUAUAUUUUGGCCAACGUGUCACAAGGUAGUAAACGGUGAAAUGUGCAGUUAUGUUUAUAAGAAUGAAGUGGAAGGUAAAUUAUAG